CCGCGUCACCCGGCCGCGCUUCCGGCGCGCCGUGAGUGCGUCACGGCGGGGGCCCGUGGGGCGCUGCCGCUGCCGCCGCCAUGAACAGCGUGGGCGAGGCCUGCACGGAGCUGAAGCGCGAGUACGACCAGUGCUUCAACCGCUGGUUCGCCGAGACCUUCCUCAAGGGCGAGCGCGCCGCCGACCCCUGCGGGCAGCUCUUCCGCCGCUACCAGCUCUGCGUGCAGAAAGCAAUCAAGGAGAAGGAUAUACCCAUUGAAGGCCUGGAAUUCAUGGGCCCGAGCAAAGGAAAAACUGAAAACUCCUCUUGACCUCAACUGUACACACGGAGUCACUAAUAUGAACCUUCAGACUAAGAAAUGUAACCAGACAAAAGACUAGAUGCCACCUGGAAAAGGCCUUUGUUAAGCUGCUUUCUCUGUGUAGCCUUUUAGGAAGCAAGUACUCUCCUCUGCUUGUAGGGAGGGGAAAGAAAAAAAAAAAAGGAUCACCUGGUAAUUACUGCCUCCUUUUCAAUGAAUGUUGGUGGUGGUUCAGCCUCUAACAGUGUGGAAACCCUUUUUAACUAACUUCCUAUGUGAAUAUACUUUAUAAUGGGAGAAUACUUAUUAGGAUGGGUUGAGUUAUUAGUUGAUCUGUGACCAAUUUCUCUUGCUUAUUUAUAUAACACUUGAAAGUGUUUAAAAAGAGUAUGAAGGGGAUUGGUUCACUUUGUCUCUUCUCUGUGCUGCUGAAUUUUGGAGAAAGGAGUUUGAUAUGAUCCUGCAUGCCGAGGGGCUACUGUGUUGUUUUGUAUCAAUGCCAGAGGCGUUAUAAAAGCAUUUAUGGUGGAUGUGCAAUAACUUAGCUAAAAUAAAUAUACCCAGGUUAUAUUUUGUUCUAGUA